AUGAGCAAAAUUUCAUUAAACAACUCACUUUCAUCUAAUUCAGGACUGCCUUAUAAUUUUGAUAAUCAACCACCAAAGAAAAACUCAUUUAGCACAGUUCUUGAUAGAGAUGACCACAUUUUUGAUGAUGCUGUAGAUAAUUACUUGAGUAAGUACGAUAAUUCGUCCAGCUAUAUCGACUCGUAUGACCCGAAUUGGUUCAGAAUUGAGAGUAAUUUAAAGGCUGCAAACAUAGCAGACUUACUAACCUUUUCUAAGAAGAUUGGAAAAGGUGUUUAUGGUGAUGUAUUUUUAUGUUAUCUGAGAAAUGAACCCUCAAAAAGGUUCGCAGUUAAAAGAGUCAAGCAGGCUACAUUUCCAGUAAUUAACAUAUUUGGACUCGAACAGAAUACUAUAAAGGAACUCCACGCCUUAAGAUCGCUUAAAAGACCUCACACAAACAUCGUAAGACUGUACGACUACUGUUCUGCAAUUGAAAAUUCACCAGUCCCUAACCCUCAACCAGGCCAGUCACCCUCAGAAACAUCACUUGUGUUUUACCUAAUAUUUGAACUGUGUGAUAUGGACUUGAGUAAUUUCAUUAAGGAAAACAAUGAUAGAUAUAAAGAUCACCAGAUUGACUUAAUAACUUGCGUGGUGAACCAGUCUAAGACGAACGACUUUAGAGUUCAGGAUAUUAUCAACUACUCUCAAAAUGUAUAUUUGAAGGAGAAGGUGAAGAACAACACUCAGAAAAAGGGAAAAAUACCCUUACCAGGCCUUGAAGAGGACAUUGCUAAGGUCAUAAUGUACCAAAUUUUACAAGGCCUGGCUUAUCUGCAUUCCAAUCGUAUAAUUCACAGGGAUAUUAAGCCUCAGAAUAUACUUCUUAAAAAUUUGACGCCAAUAACUGAUUAUAGGCAAGUUAAAAUCGCAGACCUCGGACUCUCAACUAUUGUACCUGCUAGAUACUUAUCUUCAAUGACUGAAGAGGUCAUUACACUUCUGUACAGACCACCUGAACUUCUCCUCGGAGAUUGCAAAUACACUACUUCUGUUGAUAUCUGGUCAGCUGCCGUUACCGUAGGAGAAUGCCUACUGGGGAAACCGAUGUUUAGAGGAAGGACAGAGUUCAGUGUUUUGAUGAGGAUUAUAAGCACGGUAGGAUGUUCGCCGAUAUCGGAGGUGCAGAAUUUGUCGAAACAGUUUAAGUACUUGACGGAGAGUAUUCCUCAUAUUGAGAGAGACCCAUACGAUAGUCUGAGGAAGAUAUUCACUGACCAUUUCGGAAGACAACUUAUAAGCGAAACUGGACUUGACCUCUUCGUAAAAAUGCUCAAAUUUCUACCAAGUGAUAGGAUCACAGCCAAGGAGGCUCUGAAACACGCAUGGUUCUCUGACGUCAGUAGGCUUCUGAAACCUUCCGUCGUCAAGAAAUACCAAAGCAAUGAGAAUAUCUUUCCCCGAGGAUAUAAUGAUAUGAUGCCUUUGACCUUCAUGGGAAAUGUCGAGGAGUUUAAGAAAAAAAUCAGGAAAAAGCAAAGACUAGAUACUGUUUCUGUUGACAGUUAUGUAACUCAAUUCACCUUCCCGUAA